CUAAUCCUGAUGACCAAGUGUAGUAUACGUCCUAUAAAAGACUUAUUUUGGAACAAAGUCAGAGAAUCAAGAUUGUGGACACAGCUUAUCAAGUAUUCAGCAAUAAACCAUCGAAAACAACAACAACAAAUGGCAGCCUUAGUGACGGGCCUGAUCCCCAUCCUCCGGACGGCCGUGGACACCACCACCACCUACAAGUGUCGCUCGCUGUGGUUCGGCUUCCUGUGCGUCCGUCUGGUGGUGCUCUUCGUGGCCGAGCUGCCCUGGUUCAAGCUGGACUCGGACUUCAGCUGCAACGCCACCAAGGACAGCAUCUGCGUCCAAGCCUGCUACAACCAACACUUUGACAAGCCGGUGAUGAUGGCCUGGAACUUCCUCUUCAUCCUCCUCAUCCUCUCGGUGCUUCUCAUGGAGCUCUUCGCCUCCCACCUCCGCGCCGUGGCCCAGAAGAGGGCCUGCAAGAGUGGCGGGGGGGAUGGGAACGCAGAGCUGGCUGGCUCUGCUGACACCAGGAUGGUGAUUGACCUCCACAAGAACAAGAGCACAGUGGGCUUCUACCUGUUCAGCAUCGUCCUGCGUAUCGCCGUGGAAACGUGCUUUGUCUACGUGCUUCUGACGUGGAACCUCCCUCGACUGGCCGACGGUACGUUUGGGUGUAAGAUGAACGUCUGUGGAGACGAGGUCUUGUGCAUCGUGCGAGCCUCUCCGGAGAAACGGAUGUCUAUUUACACUCUGGCCUCCAUCUCGAUCCUAGUCAUUGUUGCGUCACUUGUAUUCUGUUUGUACUCAAUUGCACACUAUCUCUGCUACUCAGGCUGACAGGCGACAAUACAUUCUUUUUCUAUUGAUUGUGUUCCAGCGUAAACGAGGGCUGGGUAGACCCACUGUUAGGGACUGCAUAUUAGCAGACCGGUCAUCCAUAAUCUGAGAAAAAUGUAUUUCCUUAUUCUAUUUCUGGCUGGUUGUCUCGAUGUGCAACAAUGGGUCUUUCAAAGCGACUGUUGAAUACAAAUAGCUCAAAUUUGUCAUAAAGUCACCAACUGUCAUAUACGUAAAUAUAUAUGUAAUAAAAUGUGUUGGAAGCUUGAGUACAGCUAGUGUGAAUUGUGGGUGUUUGCAUUCCUCUCCCAUGUGAAUACACUAUGUGUUUCUGAGUCAUGUUAUUCUUGUCUGUUCCGG